AUGUUUGACCAUGUCACACAGGCGGAGGAUGUUACGUUGAUCCACAACAUGAAUUUCAGUGAUGAGGGGUAUGGAAAUGUAUCCAAUAUUAGUACGGUUGACAAGGUGGGAUCUGAGCAGAUGCCACAGCUUGCCAUGUUGGUUUUGCUGUUGGUCAUUUGCUUGUCCGCCAUGGGUAACCUGCUUGUGUGUCUGGCUGUAAUCUGGGAUAGACGCCUACAAAAUAUGACCAACUAUUUCCUCAUGUCUUUGGCCAUCGCUGACCUCCUAGUUUCACUGCUGGUCAUGCCCCUCGGAAUGAUGGUGGAAAUCUACGGUUACUUCCCCUUUGACGCUGGCGUGUGUGUUUUCUGGGUAGCCGUAGAUGUCCUGAUGUGUACAGCCUCUAUCUGGCACAUGUGCACCAUGUCUAUGGAUCGUUUCUUCACACUUAAAUACCCGAUGAGAUAUGGUCGUAAUAAGACGAAGAUGAUGGUCGUGUUAAAGAUAUUCUUUGUAUGGAUUGUAUCAAUCACCAUAAGUAGUCCUAUAUUCAUAAUCGGUGCGAAAGACACAACAAAUGUGUACAACGAUGGAUUGUGUGUGCCAACGGUUGCCAAUUUUGUGAUUUAUGCAUCAAUUUUUGCCUUUUACAUACCUCUGACUAUAAUGCUCAUUACAUAUGUUUUAACAAUUCGAAUACUUUGGAAAAACCAACUUCUCAUGAAAAAUAUAGAGCGUUCAAAUAAUUACAGACCACGUAAUAGAUAUGGAGAGAAUCGAUGUGUGAUAAGGACACUGUUAUCUCCUCCAAGUGAUGAUGGAUCGCGUAAGGUGAGUUUAGGCAAUAACAGUGAUACUGAUGCGACAAUGCUAGCUGGAAUUCUGUCACAGCAGGACAAUCUGCCUGCUAGUACACCAAAUCAGGACCUCACCAACCCGAAUGGUCAGUACGACCCACUGUCAUCUGAAGAGCUGCAGCAGAACACAGCCUCUCAGCAGGAUGACAGGUUCCUCAGUACUCACUUCAAAGCCGAAACAAAUCGGUCAGCCUCUAUGUCGUGUCUAGAGAUCCGUGUUUCUAACCCUUCUGAUGAUGACAGUUGUCAAUGCGACUCCCAGACAGACCUACUACGAUCAAAAUGUGAGAGCUGUCAGCAUGGAACAGAAGUCAACCUCAUCCCAAAAUUUAAUAUGUGCUCCUCCAGUGAAGAAAACUCAGGAUCUACCCAAAAUGCAUGUCAAUGCAGCUCUCCAACAAAUGCUGGACCUGAUGUUUGUCGGUGUGGACCAGACAAGGACUUAAAAGUCUCUAAACGUGAUCGGCACACGCUCCACUGUGCUGCAUCAUUUAACAAUAUGCCUAACUUGGAGAAUGGCAAGGCUGCCUCACCUCAACGCCUGUCAGAGACAGUCCAGUUUCAUAGUUGUGGCAACCUUACACGAGAUUUCAAAUUCAAGGAGUGGAAGCAACACUACUUCCAAAUCCAACGAGAAAUGGAUCAAUGCCUAAAGGAUGGUUUUGGCUCUCCAAGCAAAGAACAUUCCUCUCCCAACAAGGAAUGUGCUCACUGCUCUCCAAAUAAGGAGCACUCCCCAAGUAAGGAGCACUCUCCAAAGGAACGCUCACCAAGGAAACUGUCGGCAAGCCAUGGCCACAUUCCUAACGGAGAAGAAGUGGACAAUAACUGUCGUGUGUAUAGUCACAGCCAGUUACCAGAUGGAGGUUACAACUCUAUACGCCCAACCAUGUAUGACUCCUCUGUGGAUGAUUUGGAUUCUUCUUCUUCAUCCGAGUUUCUCACCAUCAACCUUAACCCCAGCUCAUUCCACAUGUACCGACUCAGUGUGCCACAGGAUGCCACAAUGCCACUCUUACAAAAGUGCAAUGGAAGUGCUGUGGGUAAUGGUCACUGUGUCAGCGACGACAGUAGGCGACCAAGUACAGAGUCACCAGAGCAUGUCUACUUCAAACGACAUGAACCUUCUAAAAAAAGUAUCAAAUAUCUACUGAAACGUUUUAAUAAGUCUCAAGGAAUGAAACAAAUUUUAUCUAAAAAAGCAACGUCUAACGAGAGGAAAGCUUCCAAGGUGUUAGGAAUUAUCUUCGCAGUGUUUGUGGUACUAUGGACACCUUUCUUCAUUGUAAACAUCCUGUCGGUGUCCUGCGCUGCAUGUAUGUGGGCGUUGACACCAGAAAUGAUGUCAGUAUUUUUGUGGAUGGGAUAUGUUGCUUCAUUAGCCAACCCUAUCAUAUACACCAUGUUUAACACGGCCUUCCGCCGAACUUUUAUUCGCAUUCUGAAGUGCCACCUGUGUAAGCGUGGCAGGUUUCGUAUGGACAGCCUCGCCAUGAGUUAUGCUGCUGCGUCUCAGCUCAACACGGACAGAAGAAACACAAUGACAGUGUUGCUGAAGGAUGACACGAGACGUGAAUUCCAGAGUCAUGCUGUACAUCUUCUACUGAGAUAGUAGUGAUCGCGUGUGUAAGGACAGAAAUAUAGACAAAUAUUUUGUGAAAUAAACAACUUUCAUUUACAACA